AUGCCAGACGCUGGAGACGCAUCUGUUGCCGCUGCGAGGUGGCUCGAAACGCUCGGAUAUAGUCCCGAGCGCCCUGCCGAAGCGCUUGCGUUGGCGGUGCACGCGCUGCUCCUACGCCACGGCUUGCGGACGCGUGAGACUGCCCUCGAGGUGGACCUGAACCGGGACCCGUUGCCUCAGGCACCGGCAGCGCUGCCGAGCGACUGGCUGCCGACCACCGAGCACGCCGGCUACGGAACCCAGUAUCGACAUUUCCGCAGCGCUCUGCUUUUCCAGAUUCGCUCCGUACCGUGCGGUGUGGAUCGACUAAUGGUGACUGGUUUCGCCACCGAGGAACCGGACCGAGUUGCGACGCUGUCGCUUCGAAUCAGCGACUACAUUCGGACACAUGUCUGGGAACAGAGUCGCGCUGCUGGCUCGCCACCCGAUUGGACCAUGCUUGUCCAGGGCUGGCAGCGUCUCGCAACCCUCGUCCAAGUUGACCUGGUGCACACGUUGAUUCCGGAUAGUGCCAAAGAUGGAUACGAAGCUCGUGUACAGGCACAGUCGGCGACCGCCGGGAAUCCGUCGACAGCGGCCUCGACGGGCGACCACGGUGCCGGCACCCGAAGCGAGCCCCGCAGUGGAGGCGGCCCCAGCGCGGUGCCGUUCGGGUACCGCCAGCCGCGGCCCCCGCAGCCACAGUUGCCGUCAUCAGGGGUGCUUCCAGUCGUUGGCGACGAUGAUCGCCUGCCCGCACUGGGACCUGUUGGCGACUGGCGCGGCCCGUCUGUACCGGGACUGGGGCCCCCGUUCCGCACCGAUGAUGAACGUCUUGGAGGCGGAAUGCUCAUGGGCCCGCGCCAUCCGGUUUUCCGCUCGGGCUUUGAAGACGACGACGACGACGACGCACUGCAUCGCUUCAACGACCCUGACCGCGAUCCCGGUUUCCCGCCUGACCUGCGGCGCCGUGGUGAGCGCCCUCGCCGAAUGACGGAACGGGAACGUCUUGCGCUGUUGCCGCCAGGCUCGCGGGUGCCGCCGCCCCCGGGCGCGCGUAUCGAUCCGUUCGGGCCGCCGCUCCCGUCGCCACCCGACGGGUACGGUCAGGGAGCUUCUCGUCAUCGUCGGUACGGCGAUCUGGACCCGCCACCACCGGAUACCAUGUAUAUGUAA